AUGUCCUGCGAGCGCCGUCGGCUUGUCUUCGGCGCAGGGACAGCUGGCGCAUCUCACGUGCAGCAGGAGUCAACUUGGGGAGACCCCUCGUACCCCUACCCAGACUUACGACCCCUCUACCAGAACUACGACCCCCCCUACCCAAAACUACGACCACCCUACCCAGACCUACGACCCCCUUAUCCAGGCAUCGACCCCCUACCCAGACUAGACCCCUCCAGAAACUACGACCCCUACCCAGACCUACGACCCCACCACCCAGACCUACGACCCCCCUACCCAGACCUACGACCCCCCCUACCCAGACCUACGACCCCCCUACCCAGACCUACGACCCCCCCAGACCUACGACCCCCCUACCCAGACCUACGACCCCCCCAGACCUACGACCCCCCCACCCAGACCUACGACCCCCCCACCCAGACCUACGACCCCCCCAGACCUACGACCCCCCCCACCCAGACCUACGACCCCCUCACCCAGACCUACGACCCCCCCAGACCUACGACCCCCCUACCCAGACCUACGACCCCCCCACCCAGACCUACGACCCCCCCAGACCUACGACCCCCCUACCCAGACCUACGACCCCCCUACCCAGACCUACGACCCCCCUACCCAGACCUACGACCCCCCCACCCAGACCUACGACCCCCCUACCCAGACCUACGACCCCCCCUACCCACGAGGUGA